AUGUUUUUUUCCGAUAUUGAAAUAAAUCCAUUGGCAUAUGCCAUAGUGAAUGUGCUCAUUUCUGUCACCACUAUCCUGAUCAACAUCUUUUUUAUUUGCUGUAUGUUUUCUUCACAAGAAGGACCAGAAAACCUACAAAAGCCACCUCUUAAUGUUUUACUCGGAUCGCUUAUUGGCUGCAAUCUCAUUAUUAACAUUGUUAACCUUUUUUUUGUUGAUGGGGACGCCGUUUAUAUGCCUGUUUGGAUAUCGAGUAUUUGUUUUAUAGCUGUUUUAAAUGCCUCAAGGACAAGUUUUACUGCCUCUCUUGGGCUGAAUGUAUUUUAUUACUUUCAGAUUGUUCCUACCCGGCGACCUUUUUUGAUCUGGGUGAAGAUGCACAUCAAACUCUUGAUGUACUUGAUGUUGUUUUUUGAGAAUAUCUUCUUUUUAUUUGCAUUACUUUGGAGUGUUUUCCAAGUUGAUUGUUCCGGUUCUUACGUGAUCCUGAAUUCAUCUACUGCUUGGAAUUCAACCUUGAACAUAACCACACAUGAUUAUCAGUUGACUGAUGGAAUCUGUUAUUAUCUGAUAAUGACAGACAUUGGGCUUAGAUGUAUCUAUUCUUUUGUGGGUAUUGGCAUUAUGGUGGCAUCAAACACUUCCACUGUUCUCUAUCUAUGGAGACAUGUGAGGAGGAUGGAGGACUCAAGUUCUUCCUCUGCUCUUCAUUACCAGAUGCAGAAGAGAGUGACUAUAAUGAGCAUCAUACAAACUCUGCUUUUCUUUUUCUACUCAGCCGGGAUAAUAACAUAUGCAAUUUUUUUUUUAAAUAAUAUUUGGUUUUUCCUAUUUGAUCAAAUGGUUUUUUCUUCCGUGGCCUUUUAUUGUUUUGGUAUAACCAUCAUUCUAGGUGUCGGACAAACAAAAUUCAGAGUUCGAGCUGCAAAUAUUUUGAAAACAAUUGGUCAAGCCAUCUCAGGAAGUAACCUAAAUGUGGAUGACAGGAAUGGACGUUUUAAUUGUUGUUACAGUAAUACAGAAAAUGGUUAAAUUCUGGCAUUUACAGUAGAUUUUUUGCUGGCAUUUUCAAACCACAAUAUGUCAAAGGGCUUUAAUAAUUCAUAGUCUUUAACAGAUGAGCAUGUAUUCAGCAGAAAUCAUGUUUUCCUUAAUUGCUUGCUUGUGUUUCUGGUAGUUCUUACUAAAUGUACAUAAUGUAGAGAAUAAUAUGUUUAGUGGAGUUUCUUUCAUUAUUAUAUCAUACAUAUAGGCUAGCAAAAUAUCCUACUGCUAAAAAUUGUUUAACAUAUUCAAUGCCUUUAUUUAUGUGGAUUGUACGAGUAUAUUUACAUUUGCA